AACACCAGUGUGUGUCCCUAGCCUUGUGCCUGGUCAGUGCUGGGCGUGCGUGCCGGAGUACAGAGUUGGAGCCUGCACACACUUCCCGCGGCGCCUAUUAAGGACCGAGACGCAGCGGAGGAGCUGGAGACGGCGCUGAGCAGGCGGGCGAGCAAGCAACCGCGGCCCCGAUGGAGAACGCAUCGCUGACCUAUGAGUACGGGGACUAUGGCGAAUUUCUGGAUCUCCCUGUGGACUGCCCAAGUGGCAUGUGCUUCUCCCACAACUCGCGCCAUGUGGCCCCUCUCGUGCUCUAUGCCGCCAUCUUCCUGGUGGGCGUGCCGGGCAAUGCCAUGGUGAUCUGGGUGACCUGGAAGGAGGCCGGUCGGUCGGCUGGGGCCCCCUGGUUCCUCCACUUGGCCGUGGCAGACUUGCUGUGCUGCCUGUCCCUGCCCAUCCUGGCCGUGCCCAUAGCCCAGGGCGGCCACUGGCCGUACGGGGCUGUGGGCUGCCGGGCACUGUCCUCUGUCAUGUUGCUGUCCAUGUAUGCCAGCGUCCUGCUCCUGACCGCCCUCAGCGCUGACCUCUGCCUGCUGGUGCUCCGGCCUUCCUGGCAGAUGGCAACGUGGCGGGCCCGUGGGGUGCAGGUGGCCUGCGGGGCAGCCUGGGUGCUGGCCUUGCUGCUCACGGUGCCUUCUGCCAUCCACCGGCGGCUGCACCAGGAGCACUUCCCAGCCCGGCUGGAAUGCGUGGUGGACUACGGGGGCUCGGUGGUGACUGAGAAUGCCGUGGCUGCCACGCGGUUCUUGGGCGGCUUCCUGGGGCCACUGGUGAUUGUAGCCGGCUCCCUUGGGACUCUUCUUUGUCGAGGGAACCGACGGCAGCGGUCACUGGCCAUGGCUGUCAUCGUUGGUUUUUUUGUUUGCUGGACCCCCUACCAACUGCUGGGGCUGGUCAUGUCCAAGGCCCACCCAGUCUCCAAGCUCCUGGUUCGGGCCCUGAAGGUGGAACCCUUCGUGGUGGGCCUUGCCCUUGCCCACAGCUGCCUCAACCCCCUGCUUUUUCUGUACUUUGGGAGGGCUCAGCUCCGACAGUCGCUGCUAGCUGCCUUCCGCUGGGCCCUGAGGGAUACGCAGGGCCAGGACGCAAGUGUCAUUAGCAAGACCUUCUCCAGCCAGGAGCCGGUGUCGGAGAUACGGGUGUAGGCUAGGCAGACGCUGCCUUCUCCCUGCCUAGCCCAUUCUGCAAAUCUGGCUUCAGGCAUGAUGGCGUCCGGCAACUCAAUGCUAUCCUUGCUGUGUGCAAGGUCCGGAUACAGGCACAGGACAAUGACAGCGAACAAGACAGACCUGUGCUCUGGGAGCUGACACUAUAGGGGGGAGGGAAGGGGAGAGACAGACGCAAGAGUAGGGGGGAUUCUGAGGGGCCCAAGAGGGCUGGGUGGGGCAAGAGGGGUCAUCCAGACAGGGUACAAAAAUUCCCAUGGACAAGACCUCCUUAGCCAAUCCAGGGGCAAGAAGAGCAUGAAGGGCAGAUUGGUGCCAAGAGAGCAGGAGUGGGUAUGCGGGGCGGAUUUAGAACCUUCUAGGCCCUGGCCACUGUUAGCGUCCACUGGGGAUGGGGAUGUGGUUGGAUGAAAUACAAGUGACUGUUACGUUUGAAUUUCAGAGGAGAGAACUUUAGCACAGGUGCAUUUGGGAUAUACUUAGACCGAAUGUCGUUCUUGGGGUUUUUUUUUUUAAACAAUAAAAUGCCAAUUAUCUGAAGUUCAAAUGUCAUUGAGCUUCUGUAUAUCAAUUU